AUGCUUGGUGAAUUGGGUUUCCCCUCAAGAUUUAUUGGGUGGAUCAUGCAAUGUUUACAGACAGUUUCUUACUCUAUAUUGAUCAAUGGGAUGCCUACUACUCCCAUUCCUGCAAAAAAGGGCUUAAGACAGGGUGACUCCUUGUCUCCUUACCUUUGUGCCAUUGGAAUGGAGUAUUUGUCUAGGUGUCUUACUUCUUUGAAUACUGAUACAACCUUCAGAUACCAUCUAAGAUGUAAGAAAGUGGAUCUCACACACAUGAUGUUUGCAGAUGACUUGUUGCUCUUUGCUAGAGGUGAUUCUGAAUCUGUGGAUGCUAUUUUUAAAGCUUUCAGAACCUUAGUUAAUUACACUGAGUGUAAGCCACUCAUUGAAAAGAUUGUGGCAAGAAUUAAGUGUUGGUCAGCAAGAUUGCUCUCAUAUGAUGGGAGACUGCAACUGAUAAAGUCAGUUCUUUUUGGGAUCCAAUUAUACUGGUGUCAGAUUUUUGUACUCCCAAAGAAAGUUAUGAAGGAAAUUCAGAGGAUUUGUAGGUGUUUCCUAUUGACUGGCUCUGAGGCUGGAUCAAAGAAGGCUCAUGUUUCUUGGGAACAAUUGUGUUUGCCUAAGAGUAGUGGUGGGUGGAACCUAAAGGAUCUUACUAUUUGGAAUAAAGCUGCUUUCUUGAAGAAUUUUUGGGCUCUCUCAUUGAAGCAGGAUAGAUUGUGGGUUAAAUGGAUCCAUACUUAUUAUAUUAAGAACAACAAUUUUUGGUCCAUGCCUAUUCCUAAUAAAGAUCUAUCUAGAGUUUCGGAGUCAAAAGGCUAA